CUUCGUAUAAUUUUCCUUUUCAACCUUAUGAUAUUCAAUUUGAAUUUAUGAAAAACUUGUAUCAAGUUAUCGAAAGAGGAAAAGUCGGCAUAUUCGAAAGUCCAACUGGAACUGUACAUAAUGAAGAACGAUAUGAGAUAGUAGAAUAUUCGAGUAAUACAAGGAUGGAAACUAAUGAAGAAUUAGCAAGAAAACAAGAAUUAAAUGAAAGAAUUCAAAAGAUCAGAGAAAAGGAGAAAUUGGAAAGACAAAAGGCCAGUUGUCAAACAGUCGACGAUUAUGAUAUGGAAGAGUAUUUGGUGGAAGAAUACCAUAGUGAUGAUGAAACUGAGAAUCACGAAGAAAAUGAUAACAUUUCCUUGCAAAAGGCAAAAAGCCUUGAAAAUUUUGAUAAUGAUAAAGAAACUCGAAAACAAGAUGAGGAAGAACCUGACGAAAUAAAAAUAUUUUAUUGCUCUAGAACACACUCACAAUUAACACAGUUCGUUAAUGAACUUCGUAAAACUGUAUAUGCGGAAGAUGUAAAAUGUGUUUCUUUGGGUUCAAGGAAAAAUUUAUGUAUUAAUGACGAAGUUAGUAAAUUGAAAAGUAUGAAUAGAAUUAAUGAAAAGUGUUUGGAUAUGCAGAAAGCAGGUAUUGAUAAAAUAAAAAAUGAUUUUGUCACGGCUUCGGUACGCGAUAUUGAAGAAUUGGCUGAUAUAGGCCGUGAACUGGGCGCAUGUCCUUAUUAUGGUACUCGAAAAAGUAUUAGACGGUGUCAGAUUGUAACACUUCCUUACAGUCUAUUGCUUCAAAAGUCGUCACGAGAAUCAAUGAAAAUUUUACUUAAAGAUAAUAUUGUUAUUAUCGACGAGGUUCAUAACCUCGUUGAUACAGUAACUUCUGUUCACACAAUUAUAAUUGAUUUACCACAAAUAGUGAACGUACGCUCACAAUUAAAUGCGUAUCUCGAUCGUUAUAAAAAACGAUUACUAGGAAAGAAUGUGAUGUAUAUUCAACAAAUUUUAUCAUUGUUGGAUGCUUUAAUAAGAUGUUUAACAGCAUUUGAAAAAAAAUGUGAGGAAAAAGGAAAAGAUAAGGAAAGAAUGAAUUAUAUUAAAACUGUAAAUGAUUUUUUACAUAUAUUGAAGAUUGGUGAUUUAAAUUUGUUUAAAAUUGAAAAUUAUUUGAAAAAAAGUCAAGUAGCUAGAAAGUUAAAUGGAUUUGUUGAUAAAAUCGAAUCAAGAACUAGUGUUGAAAUUCAUCAAAUGCAGCAAACAAAAACGUUCCUUAUGUCAUUAACGAAUGGCAAUCAAGAUGGACGCGUCAUUCUUGGGUUCCAACAAAUAAUUGAUCCAAUUGAAGGGAAACGAGAAAUGACAAUAAAAUAUAUACCUUAUAUCAAAUAUUUAUUGUUAAAUCCUUCAAGUCAAUUUGAGGACAUAGUAGAAGAAGUUAGAAGGGUGAUUUUGGCUGGUGAACAAUUAUUUCCGUAUCUUCCAACACUAAAAUCAAGUAAAUUUUCGUGUGGACAUAUCGUACCACCUGAAAAUUUAUUGACUUUAACGCUAUCAGAAGGUCCUAUUGGAGGAACUUUUGAAUUUACAUUUGAGCGUCAUGAUAAUAUUAAACUGAUUGAUGAAUUGGGUCAAACUAUUAUAAAUCUUUGUAACGUAAUACCUGACGGUGUUCAAGUACAUGAUCGAUGGAAACAAAAUGGAGUUUUGGAAAGGAUAAAAAAACGCAAAAUGGUUUUUCAAGAACCACGCGAAACACAAUUGGUCGAAAAGGUUUUAAAACAAUAUGAUUUACACAUUCAUUCUUCUAAUAACAAAGAUGGUGCAUUAUUGCUUUGUGUCGUAAGCGGAAAAAUGA